AUGUUAAAACAACUUAUUUUAUUACUAUCACUUAUUCAAUUAACACAAUGCCUUUCCGUUCGAAGUAACAUUUGGUGGAGCCGACGUAAUGACGAAACGCACAAAGAUUGUGACAUUGAAUUUACAAAUGAAAAUCCGUCGCUUGAAGCUAAAAUUUGUGGUUAUUGUUUUGCUAAAUGUCAACAAAAUUUUGCUGCUUGUCUUUUGACACAAAUGAGUAAUGCUGUAACUGGCUCACUUGAAUAUUGUCAAAACAGAUCGAAUAAAUGUGAAAAAUUAUGUAUUAUUGACAAACAUACAAGUCAUCUUGCUGAAGCAAAUUGGGCUAAAGUUGUUAAAAUUUUACAACAACUUCAUUUAUCUCCAUCGUCAGAUGAAGAACAAAAAAUAAAUCAAUAG